AUGUCAUCAUUCACUUUACCUUUGAUGUUUGGCAUUUUGCUCAUCGCAUCAACCAUUCACUGUUUUCCAACCUCUAUGUUAUCUAAAAUUUAUCAACCACACAAUCAAGCAAUUUCCUUCUCUACCAACAAUCUAGACAAUUCCACCUUCACCUCCCGAUCACUUUUAUUGGGAGAUUUAUAUGGAUUUGAUGGACAAUGUUCAGGAAGAAAUGUUUCACUAGUUCAGAUUGUUACCUCUUCAAAUCAGAUUACUCUUUCCUCCUAUUGGAGUAAUUCUGAUCAAAUUGUAUUGAAUCAUUGUUAUCAUGUGAAGGAUGAUUAUCAUCUGUGUCAAUUUUCAUCAGCAUUAACACCAAGCAGUGUUGUUGUAUGUAUUAAAUUAGAUGAUGAUAUUCAAGAUGAUGAUGAAUUUGAUUUGGCUAUUAAUUUUGAUAUUGAAAGUUGUACUUCUUUUGAUUUUCAAGCAAAGUGUCGUCUUGAUUCGGGAAGUGUUGUUGGUAUGAUUGUUGAAAUCAAGUAUCCGGGUGAUAAUUCAAUCCGAUUGAGAAAUUAUGCUAUUGCUGCCUUGAUUAUUCUCAUCAUGUUGUGUAUUUGUUGUUUGAUAAGUGCUGCAAUGGCUGUCUAUUGUUGUCUUAUUAAGAGAAGAAGGGAGAAGUUGAAUCAACCAUUCAAUAAUAAUGCAAAUACUUAUAACGAGGAUGAAAUUGAUUCGUCAUCAAGAAGAGAACGAACAAGUGUUGAAAUGACGAGUCAGAAUAAUGAAGAUGAUGAGUAA